ACAAAUGAAGAUCAUCGUGGAGAUGAGGCUGGUCAGUUAAGAACUCAUAAAAAGGCUCAGAAUACACCAAGUGCCCCACUACAUGGAUCAUCCGAAGGGUUUAAUGGUCAGACCAGCCCGGAUGACGAUGUGAUAAACGCUGAAAGUCAGAACAUUCCACUUAUGCGAGUUGUAAUGUCCAAAAAGCAAACCAAACGGAAGAAUAACAAAGUGCUAAAAGAAGGCUGGGUAGUACACUACACAAAUCAAAUGAAUAUGAGGAAGAAACAUUAUUGGCGGCUAGAUACAAAAAGUCUAAUAAUGUAUCAGGAUGAAACUUCAACCCGAUAUUUCAAGGUAGGACUGAAUUAUUUAUUUUUAAUUAGUUUCUCAGUCAUUUUUCUCAUUUCUCAAAAGUCGUCCACUUUUCCAUCCAUUCAUUCAUUCACUCAUUCAUUCAUUCAUUACUUCAUUAUUUAUUUCAUUAUUUUAUUCAAUCAAUCACUCACUCAUUCAAUCCAUUUAUUUUCUAUUCAUUUAUUUUUCCACCGCAUCCAUUGCGCGCAUUCAUUCAAUCGUUCUAAUCAUUCAAUCACUCAUUUUAUUUUUUCUACUCAUUUUAUUCUUCCUCAUUCACUCGAUCAUUAGUU